AUGGAUGCUGGGACUCGCCCAGUUGGUAGCUGUAGCAGCCCUGCCGGGCUGUCUCGGGAAUAUAAACUAGUGAUGCUGGGUGCUGGUGGUGUAGGGAAAAGUGCCAUGACCAUGCAGUUCAUUAGCCACCGAUUUCCAGAAGAUCAUGAUCCUACCAUUGAAGAUGCUUAUAAAAUCCGGAUCCGUAUUGAUGAUGAGCCUGCCAAUCUGGACAUUUUGGAUACGGCUGGACAGGCAGAGUUUACAGCCAUGCGGGAUCAGUAUAUGAGGGCAGGAGAAGGGUUUAUCAUCUGUUACUCCAUUACUGAUCGUCGAAGUUUCCAUGAAGUUCGGGAGUUUAAACAGCUUAUUUAUCGAGUUCGACGUACUGAUGAUACUCCUGUGGUUCUUGUGGGAAACAAGUCUGACCUAAAGCAGCUAAGACAGGUCACCAAGGAAGAAGGAUUGGCUUUGGCCCGAGAAUUCAGCUGCCCCUUUUUUGAGACAUCUGCUGCAUACCGCUACUACAUCGAUGAUGUAUUCCAUGCCCUUGUCCGGGAGAUUCGUAGGAAAGAAAAGGAGGCAGUGCUGGCCAUGGAGAAAAAAUCUAAGCCCAAAAAUAGUGUAUGGAAGAGGCUAAAAUCACCAUUCCGGAAGAAGAAAGAUUCAGUAACUUGA